CUCUAAUAGAAAAUAGAAAGAAAAAAAAAACAUUUUUUUAAUUUUUCUUAUUCUAUUUCUCUCUCUAGCUAAAACAAACUACUCUUUAAUUUUCUGUUUGGUUGUCGAGAAAAUUUUGAAACAUGGUAGUCCCGGAAACUGAUCCAUUGGCUCAAUUGAGCUUACCACCGGGGUUUCGGUUUUAUCCGACGGAUGAAGAGCUUUUAGUACAAUAUUUAUGCAGGAAGGUUGCAGGGCAUCAUUUUUCUCUACAAAUCAUUGCGGAAAUUGAUUUAUACAAAUUUGAUCCAUGGGUUUUACCAAGUAAAGCUAUAUUUGGUGAAAAAGAAUGGUAUUUUUUUAGUCCGAGAGAUCGAAAGUAUCCGAACGGGUCACGACCCAAUAGAGUCGCCGGUUCCGGGUAUUGGAAAGCUACCGGAACCGAUAAAGUUAUCACGACCGAUGGCCGAAAAGUUGGUAUCAAGAAAGCUCUGGUUUUUUACGUUGGAAAAGCACCUAAAGGGACUAAAACGAAUUGGAUUAUGCAUGAAUAUAGAUUGUUGGAAACUUCCCGUAAAAGUGGUAGCUCCAAGUUGGAUGAUUGGGUAUUAUGUAGAAUUUACAAGAAGAAUUCAAGUGCUCAAAAAUCAUUACCAUGUGUUUCAAGCAAAGAGCAUAGUAACAAUGGCUCUACUUCUUCUUCUUCUUCCCAACUCGACGAUAUGCUUGAGCCAUUCCCCGAGUUAGACAAUCGUUAUUUUGCUUUGCCUCGGAUGAACUCGUUGAAGACGCUUCAAAACGAUGACAAAACGGGGUUUCACAAUCUGGGCAGUGGGAAUUUAGAUUGGGCGAGUCUUGCAGGGCUUAACUCGGUGCCUGAGUUGGUUCCCAGUGGACAAACUCAGACUCAGGGGAUUCAAAGUUAUGUAAAUAAUGACCUGUGUAUACCCACGAUGCCGCCUACGCUAACCCAGAUGGAUAUGUCAAUGAGUAAAGCUGGUAAUUCGGUGGAAGAGGAAGUACAGAGUGGACUCAGAACUCAGCGAAUUAAUAACUCAGGGUUUUUUCAACAGAACUCUAGUGGGUUGAUGACCCAGAACUUUUCUAACUCAAUUGACCCGUAUGGAUUCCGGUACCUGACUCAGUCGGGUGGGUUUGUGUUUAAGCAAUAAAAAGUUGAAAAAAAAAAGAGAGAGAGGGGGAAAGAGGUAUGGAAUUGAAGAGGAUUUCAAAACUUUGUAUAAUUGUUUGGAUUUCUUUGGGCUAACCUAUUGCUGUUAUUUUUGAAAUGUAAUAAAUGAAAAUCCAUUGAAAUUUAAUAAGCUUUAAAAUCGA